AUGACUGUCAUCGAAUGCCAGUUCACCACCGGUGUAGUUGAAAUGUUCGACGGUACUACCGACGGCCGCGAAGCAUACCUUGACACCUCCACCGGGGCCACCAACUUGAAUCAUAAAAAGAUACAUCACAUCCGAAUCCAUGACAUUCGCACUCAAAAGCCCGCACCGCAGCUUUUGCGGGAAGGCUAUGAGACCAUGAUCCACCCUACAUCUCUUACCGAAGCGGAAUUCAUGACCUACCGCACCCCGGAGGGCAAGCAGAUGAUCAAGGACCGAUACUGGCCUGAGCUGCAAGCUCUCAUCCAGCAAAAGACCGGAGCUGCCAAGGUGGUUCCGUGGCACUUCAGUCUACGCAACCAAACAUUGGGCUAUCAUCCCGACGAGAUCUUCUUUAUGAAGACCGGUAUCUCGCAGCCUGCAUCGACCCUUCACAUUGACAAUGACCACUCCACGGCGUUAGGCCACUUGCAGCGCGAGCUAGGAGAGGAGGAAGCCAAGAGCCUAAUUUGCUCGUAUAAGCGUUGGGCUAUCAUCAAUGUCUGGAGGCCCGUUGGGGCUCCGGUUCGGCGUUGGCCUCUGCUGGUGGUGGAUCACAGCAAUGUCCCCAACUGGAAUUACGCGGACAAUGUGGCCCGGGUUUACCGCAACAAUGACCCCAAAUAUUACAAGGCUCACGACAAUUUUCUCAAACCUCAUCCAGACUACAUCUUCCGCUACGUUAGCGAAUUGCGACCUGAUGAGGUGAUCAUGUUCAAGGACUAUGACUCGCGCACGGACCGGGUGCGCGGAACUCCACACGGGGGCUUCCAGGAUGAUAAAACUGCGGAUGACGCUCCGGCCCGCCGAUCUAUCGAGGUCCGCCUGUUUGUGUUUUUCGAUGAUGAAUAG